GCUGGGACCCAAGGAAAACAUGGGAUUAACUUUACCCUGCGUGUGCUGGGGUGGAGCUGCUGGGAGCUGGGUCGGGCAGUGCGGAGGAGCCGGGACCGCGCGAUGGGAGCCAAGCUGCUCUGCCUCUGCCUCGCCUCUGCCCUCCUUGCUUACUACCUCUACACCCCUCUCCCCGAGGACAUCGAUGAGCACUGGAAAGUGAUGCUUCUGGAUGCUAGCUCAAGGACCCUGUGGCACAUGGCAGAGGUUGUUGACAAGCUGGGGCUGAUGGACCGCAUGGAGUUUCUGAUGCUGUUCCUGUCUGCUGACUAUGUCCCGCCCACGUCCGAUGAGAACAUCACUGUGAGGGACACGGAGCUCAGCAAUGUCCAAGUGCGCCUCUACCUGCCCAGAAAGCCCUCUGAUGGACUGAGAAGGGCAGUGCUCUACUUCCACGGUGGCGGAUGGUGCCUGGGACAUGUAGGCAUGCAGACCUAUGACCAGGUGAGCAGGUGGACUUCAAACAGGUUAAACGCCGUCGUAGUGUCAGUCAAUUACAGGUUGGCACCUCAGCACCAUUUCCCCACACAGUUUGAGGACGUGUACGCGGUGACCAAGUUCUUCCUCCAGAGAAGUGUCCUCGCCCAGUACGGGGUGGACCCCGACCGGGUCUGUGUUGCAGGAGACAGUGCAGGUGGCAACUUGGCUGCAGCUGUGGCACAACAGCUAUUGGAGGACCCCGAAGUUGAAACUAAUCUCAAAGCCCAAGCUUUGAUUUACCCUGCUCUCCAAACCCUGGACCUAAAUUUGCCAUCUUACCAAGACAACGCAGACAAGCCUGUACUCUCCCGGUCACUUAUGGUCGGGUUUUGGAGCAAGUACUUCACAGGGGACCCGUCUCUGCGGGAAGCGAUGGCUGCCAACCGGCACGUCCCGGCGGAAGCCAGCCACUUGUUCCAACUUGUCAACUGGAGCGCCCUGCUGCCCGCCGAGCUGUGGGGACACCACAGCUACAGGGCUCCUGUGCCCGGCAGCCCGGAGCUGGGGCGGCGGUUCCCGGGGUUCCUGGACGUGCGGGCGGCCCCGCUGCUGGCCAGCGCUGCCCGGCUGCGCCGCCUGCCCCGCACCUACCUGCUCACCUGCCAGCACGACGUCCUGCGGGACGACGGCUUCAUGUACGCCACGCGGCUGCGGGCCCUGGGCGUCCCCGUCACGCACCACCACGCCAGGGAUGCCUUCCACGGGGUCUUCUCCUUCAGCUCGGGGCCUGCCCAGCUGGCCGUGGGGCGCCGGCUGGUGGACGGGUACAUCGAGUGGCUGCAGGAGAACCUAUGAGUUGGGAACGCUGCCCACGUGCGGCUGGGGGGGAGGGAGGGAUUGCUGCUCUGCUGUCCUGUGCUGCCUGGGCCUUGCUCGUCUGCUCGGGCAGGAAAAUCGGUCUGAUUCUAACCCAGAAGUUCUUCCAGUGCUGUCCUGGGAGUCAGAGCCCCUGGGCUGCCCCAGGGGUUCUGUGCUGCCCAGGUCAGAGGUUGGGGUGCCCAGCCCCGCCUGGCUCACCUGGCCCUGCUGCCAAGGCCAGCAGGACUCGCCCUCUUGACUCAGUUGCUUCUUGUCCCCUCCUGUUGCAAUGUCCCAGCCUCAGCCUGUGCAAACGGGCACUGGUGUCUCUGCCUCUGGGCAGCCUCGUGCUCCCUGUCCUUCUCCCACAGGAGACAGAGUGAGGCCCAGCAGCCGGUUGGGCAAUGGGCUGAGCAGGGACCUGGCAGAUCUGUGUGCUGCCCCUCUCCAGCACAGCCCAAGGGAAGCACCUGAAGACCACACAGGACAGCUGGAACAUGGCACAGAUGCUCUUCUGUUAUUGGUUUGCUUUCUGUUUUUUCCUUCUUAAAAAGCCCCUGUCUUGCUCAGCAUUUACUUUCUUCAAUGCCUGUACUGGAAGAACAUGGUGCAACAGAACAGCACCGGGUAUUCAUGAAGAUCCUGGCCUCACAAUAGCACUGCUGCAUGCUUUGUGCUCUACUUAUUAAAUAAGCCAUGUCUUGUGUUCUAAUUAUCCUUAUAAUUGUUCAGCAGUUUUUACAUAUGAAUUUUUAAAAUUAGCUUAGCAGCUUUAUAGGCUUGAAAACAAAGCACCACUUAGCUGUCAGCCCCGAGCAAAUGCCCUCUGUAAAUGGGUUUUAUAUAUAAACCUGAAACAUUUCUGAUCGGUGCAUGCACAGGUUAGUUGCCCGUUGGUUUUACACUGACCACAACACACCACAGGCAGGUACUUCUAGCAUCCUGGAUUGCAUAAAAGAUACUGAACCUUCAGUUCUGGUUUGGGUUUGGGGUUUGUUUUGUUUUUUUUCCCUCCUGCGUGUGCAGCUCUAGGCCAAACGCAUAUGGCAUGGUUGCUGCUUUCCUUUUUCUGCUCCAGUCUUUCUCCAAAAUACACAGCAGAAGAUGACUUGCUUAAGAGAACAUUUGGAGGGGACAGUGAUUGUUUGUGUCAGAGGGGGACAUGCACAAAGCCUGGAUCCAAAAGCAGGCAUAUAUAUACACAUACACCUGGAAGGCAGUAGAAAAAUUCAUGCUCUAGGCAAAAGGAUGCUCUCCCCAGCCUGUCCUGUGUGCUCCUAUGGGACUCUGCUUGGAAAAGAAAGUAAAUGGCUUUUAACCACUAGGACCUAAACAUGAAUUAUUGAUUGGACUGUGCAUGCUUUUGAUUUAAUUGCUAAAAUAAAUUUUCUGGAGCAGGAAAUGCUUGGUGAGGCACAAAAUGAGACAGUGAAAAUUACAAUAUCAGUGUUUCUGGCAGGAGCAGCAGAAGCUGUGGUGAACAACUAAUUUACCAGAAAAUUGUAAAAACCACCCCAAAAAGGCUCCAUUUAAGGGUUAACCCCUAAAGCUGUUUUGUUUCAGAUAUUCGUACUAAGGUUGUCCAGAAGUCCCUAGCUAAGGGCUCCCCAGCAGAAGACAGCCCAUCUCCAUCCUUUGCCACCAGCCUGGAGAAUCUGGAGCUGCCUGGGAUGGCCCCUCUGACACCCAGCACGGUGCAGGGCACCUGCCUGGCAGCAACAAAAGCUGCUGCAGAGGGACCCUUUCACUUGGGUGCUCCGUAUCCAUAAGCCUGCAGGAAGACAAGGUAAUCCCAGAUGCCGGCUCACAGGGCUGAGAGCUUUGCUGUAUCUCCAGCCUCAACGUAAUCCAAGUUGAGAAACCUGUGCUGAAACAAAACAAGGCUGUGCAAUAUUUGGUGCAGAUCCUGGUGCCCGGCAGGAGUCCCUGCACCCCCGGAGAGGCAGGGCAGGUGGGGCGGGAGGUUCGUGUCUCUACUGCCCUCUUACCACUUCUUUGAAGCUUUACUGCAGCGUAGAACGAGAAAGGCUCCAUUUUUCAGACGCUACCCUCCAGUGCAACAGCAACUGCCUGAGUGAGCAAAAUCUUUAAAAUCUGGUAUAUGAGGAGCCAGUAUUUAUCAGCCACAUGGGAAAUUUUAAAGCAGCUUCUGUGAUACUUAAAGAUUAGCUGAUUUGUUGGCUUUAUCUUCAGAGAAAAGCUAGGAUAUCUUUUUAUAUCCCAGAUAUGAGUAGAGCGAAUAUUCACUAACCUUAAAGUACAUCACAAUAAAGGGGAGGGAAGAAAAAAAGGUAUUUUUUAGAAGCUGAACCAUGUUUAUUUCUCCUAUUUGCAAAUAAUCAUUAUGAUAUUCAGAUGUUCACUGGUGUGUAUAAUGGCCUUGCAUUUACCUCCUCUGCUGGGCUUAUUCAGAAAGCCCUAUUGCACUCAGCUGUCUUUUGUAUUUUAUAUUAAAAAGACACACAAAUAAGUGUUUGAUAUGUGGUUUAUGUUGCAGCAAAUGCCCUUUCCUCCUUCUCUUCAUGGGAGGUGGUUGUUGAGAAAAGAGCUUUAUUGCUUUUGGGGAGCGAUAGAAAUCCAGGUGUUGGACUUGUUGAAAUGUACAUUAUUAAUGAAGCUCUGUUCUUUCCAGGGGAAAAAAAUAAAUAAAUAGAAUAACAGCGGCAA